AUGGGAUUUCUAACUGAUGUACUUACUGAUUGCGACACUGAGUUCUCCCCUGAGGAGCAAGCAAAGAAGACCCACCAGAAAGAGAAGAAGAAGAGCCUCCAUCCAGCUGUGGCGGCCCUGCAGCUGUUCACUCUCUUCUGCUGUGGUGGGAAAGUCAAGCUGAGGAAAUCUCGUCCCUCUCAGAACAGACAGAGUAGAAAGGACCAGGACAAAGAUAAUGCAUCUGAUACUGGUUCAGACUUGUCUGGAGGUGAUGUUACAACCAAAAGGGUCAAGGACAAGAUUAAUGGAAAGGUGGGGAGGGAGAAAGACCGGACUGAAGUUCAGCUGUUGAAAUCAUCUCAGGACCACGAACCCGAAAAUCGAAGGACACCCCGGCAAGUGAAGACCCCUGUGGAGGAAAUUUACAUAAGACCUGACUCUCCGACUCUACCAUGUGCCCACAGCUCCCUCUCUCAGUUUUCCCUGGCUCGGAACCUGGCCAUCCUCCCGCUGGAGUGGCAGCUACCCGGAGUCCCUCUGCCCACCUCGUCUAUGGCAACUAGGACAGAGAGAACGCCAUCCUCUACCAACACUUCGACACAUGCGCAGAUGGAAACACAAACAUCAGAUAUGAACACAGACACACAGACCACUUCUACCUCUCAGAGCCAGAUCUCCAUGGUCUCAUCGGAGACCAUGAUAGAUCUUCACACGUCAGACUCCAUUACCCAGACCUCCACUCUUGACAUGGCACUGGCCCCUGAGAGCACUAAGGGCAUGAUCACUACUGAUGAGGAUGUGAAGGAUGACUCUGCUAAAGAUUUGAUCUCCACCCUAACAGACACCUCUAUGGAGAAAUCCAUCAGUGAGACGAGCCUGAAAGACCUCAUCAUGGGGGAAGAUGACAAUGAGCUGAAGGAUAUGGCUGCCUCCGCUACCCCUGCUACUGAUAAUGCCAAUGAGGAUGCAAUGCUGCUGGAGAUUGCAGCACUUUUUGACUGAUGGAGACCGAGCUGCCUCUGCAUCU